AUGAGUACUACUAGUAAAGAUAUUGUAAUGAAUUCUUUUGAUGAUUCUGAAAUGGAAUCCGAGUCAUUAGACAACGAAAUGAAGGGACGUUUUUUAAUUCAAGAUGUUCCAUCAGAGGAUGAUAGCUCUCUGGAUGAAAGGCCCGGUGGCAUAACGAAUUCUUAUUAUAUUGAUGCUCUUCCAGAUCAAGCUUUUCAUACUGUCACAGAUGCUAACGACUCAACAUGCUGUAUAGCAUUUUACACGUAUAAUGAAACGAAUUCUUCUCGUUGUGUCAAUAGUACCAUUUCGUUAAUAGCAAUUGGAAGUGUUGACGAAACGUUAAGAUUUUAUAGUGUCAAUGACCUUUGUAAAGUGUCGCAUGUUUAUCAAUCGACUGACUUUUCCGAUUCCGUUGUUUCCGUUCAAUUCAGUUUUGACGGGAAAUAUGUGGCUGCGGGUUCUUACGACACUACCGUCAAAAUAUUUCAAGUCCAUUUCCAAGACUCCGCUAUUGAGAUUCACUAUUUACAUCAAUUAUAUGGGCCAACAUCCGAUGUUGAGUGGAUUACAUGGCAUCCUCGCGGUUACGCAUUAUUAGCAGGUUCCAAUGACGCAACUUUAUGGAUGUGGUUAGCGAACACAUCCACUGUCAUGCAAGUUUUUUCUGGUCACGUUGGCGCUGUCCUUUGUGGUGCUUUCGCAAAUCAAGGCCGCUUAGUUGUUUCAGGUGACGCUGAAGGUUCUUUAAUGAUUUGGGAUCCUAAAACAGGAAAACGUUUAACACAAUUCACACAAACAAAGCAACAAGAUCAAAGAUGUCAUAUGACGACCCUAGCCAUACAUGAUACUUUGCCACUUAUAUGUACCGGAUGUGAAAACAAUAUAAUUCAAUUAAUUAACACACAAACAUUAAAAGUUCUUAAAACAUUUCAAGUUCAUUCUGAUACUGUUGAAGCAUUAAGUUUUUUACCCUUAUCACUGAACAAGGAAAAUCAUGAUACACCUACGUUAUUAGCGUCUGGAGGAUUAGACGGCGUAUGUCACAUCUGGGAUUGUAGUCAAUUGAAGACUCGAAUGACUUUUAAACACACGGAUCUCGUUGAAUCGACUGAUACCAACGAGCCUGAACGCAUUGUUGGUGGUAUCACCUGUCUUUUGUGGAUAUUUGAUAAAGCAUCCAAUUGUUUUCUUCUCGUUACCGCCGGUACUGACUGCACGUUGCGGUUAUGGGAAAUGCGAUCACAAAAAAAUUUACGAGUUUUUUCAGGCCACUCAAAACCUAUUCUUAAUAUGAUUUAUAUUGAGACAUGCCAAUGUCUUGUGUCUUGUUCUGAUGACACCACUGUUAAAUUUUGGAAAGUCUUCGAGACUUAGGCGCUCUAAAAUACUUUCUCUAAAGCCAAGGAACAUGACAUACGAGUUUGUUUUCUGUUUAUUUUCUUUGUUAUACAUUUUCAAAAAACAACAGUGGAUGGCGUCAUAAAUACUUUAUUUUUUUAAGUGGGGUGUCAACAUUUACAUUGAAAACAACAAGACAAUGUAAAGAAAUUAAACUUUUCUUGUUAAGCUAGUUGAAAAUCAG